AUACUAUACAACAUUACGCCGAACAACAUCAUAGAGUUACACUCCAAGCAUAUACGCUCAUUUAACAUAUAUAGAUACCUUGUAUGUCGCCGCACUGCUUGCCUGCUCUGAUUGAAUACCAAAGAUAUAAUAUCCAUAAAUAACCCAGUCUUCUGAAAAUAUUUUUAAGGGCAAGUGUACGGGGAAAUCUGUGGUGUGUGAAAUAUCUAACAGGUAUAGCGAAGUCCGCCUAUGUGCAAAAAUUACCUCCCUGAUAUGGAAAACUGAAGAUGAUGUCGUUUUAUAAUUGCAUCGAGACAUCACCAGUCAAGUGAAGUCGAUACAAGUAGGAUCACUUUAUUCGUGUUCUCUAGUUGGAAAGUGUGUGAGUAGAUAGAAAAGUCAGGGGAUGCCUGGUUUGAGUUUGAGCAAUGGCCUUUUACUGUUGCUUCCAGUCUAUAUCUUCGCUCACUGUAAUGAUUACGACCUAACAGUAACCCUAAGGAAUCCCCCAAGUAGUCGAGUAAAAGGAGAGUGUAGAAGUAGCGGCCAAGGAAGAACUUAUCACUCAUUCUCCAAUAUACCUUAUGCAGAGUCCCCUGUAGGAAAAAGAAGACUACAGAAACCUGAACCCAAAAAGUCAUGGAAGGGAACCCAUCAAUCUUCUGGCAAAAAGCGAGAAUGCGUGCAAGAUUCUUUUUUACCAGGCAUAGAUUUGACAUUUGGAACUGAGGAUUGCUUAGUCCUUAACGUGUAUACUCCUGUGGUAGUGAAAAACUCAUCGACGUUGCUCCCAGUGCUAUUCUUUAUCCAUGGAGGUGGUUUUCAAACUGGAUCAGGAACUAAUAUGGUUGGAUUGGGUUUUGAUCAGUAUGAUCCUUCCUUAUUCAUGGACCAAGAGAUUGUUGUAAUUACUAUAAACUACCGACUAGGAGCUCUAGGUUUUCUAACAACGGAAGAUGAGGUAAUACCUGCUAAUCUAGGUUUGAGAGAUCAAAGUUUGGCACUAAAAUGGGUUCAAGGGAACAUUGAUAUGUUUGGUGGAGAUCCUAAAGACGUUGUUAUCUCUGGAGAAAGUGCCGGUGCUGCUUCAGUUUGCCAUCUUCUUCUUUCUAAUGUACCAGAAAUGGAAGCAGUCACAGCCGGCAUAAUGACGAGUGGUACAUGUUUAUCUCCAUUUGGCUUGAAUAUGGAUGCAAGAGAGAAAGCCUUUGAUGUUGGAAGAAAACUGGGAUACCAUUUUUCUGAAAACAACUCAGCUAGUCUUUUAAAAAUAUUGCAAAGCGUUCCAGUUGAAAUCCUUUUCAACGUAACUAGGAGUCGAUAUUUGCCUUUCAAAAGCGACGACGGAAGCAUACCCAUGAAGUGGUCACCAGUGUAUGCAAAGGACUUCUAUCCAAUUGGACCAAUGACUGAAGCUGUAGACCAAGGACGGUUCCAGAAGGUCCCACUUUUGUUUGGCUUAAACUCAGAGGAAUGUGUGUCACCCCUCUAUAUGUACUUUCUGCCACAAAUCAAACAAAAAGCUAAGAUUUGGGAUAGAGAUAUUUCGAAAAUGAUUCAAGUGAACUUGAAUGUACAUGAUAGAUACAAGGCUGCUGAAGAUAUGAAAGCGAUUUAUACGAAUAGCAGUUUUUAUAAGGAUUUAGCAGCGAUGAUCAAAUACUGCACUGAUGAACAAUUUGCACUGCCUAUGGGGAGACAUGCAGAAGCUGCAUCCAAGUAUGGCGUGCCUGUCUACCUCUACAUUUUAGACUUUAAAGCCUUGCCACAUUUUAUACCAGGCAUUGAAGGAGUUGGUCAUGGCGAAGACAUGCUUUUAUACUGGGACACAAUUAUAACUAAGGCAGCCAACGUAUUAUUUGCAGACUAUAGGCUCGUAUCGAAGAGAAUGGUACGACUAAUGAGCAAUUUUGUCAAGUAUAAAAAACCGGUUUUGAGACAGGAAGAAAUUUUCCAAAACCUGGCUUGGCCAAAAUUCCAGAGCGAAGGUCUGAUGUAUAUGAAGAUAGACACACAUAUGGAAGUUCUUUCUGAUCCAAGAAACUACUCUACAAAGCGGAGAAUUUGGGAAAAACAUCUACAAAAACCAAUAUCUGUAUAUUAAGAGUUAUCUAGUCAAUAAGCGCUCUAUUAUAGGUAUUUACGUUUACUCAUUUCAUCUUAGAAAAUAUUAUAUUAAAUAAUCAUAUUUCCCAUAUAUUCUUAUUUUCGUUAAUUAACGGAUUCCACUUCUAUUCUUACACUUUCAAAUGGCGCUUCAGUUGUGGCCGAAAUACGAGUAUCAGUAAUAUUAUUCAUUCAGAAUUUGCAGUGCUUGAUAAAAAUGUUAUAACUAACAGGUUCUACGGUAUUUUCGUAUAAAAUAUACUGUUUUUACAACUGUUAUUACUAGUCUAAAAUAAACUGUGC